AUGUUGAAACUAAUCGGCUCUCUCGUGCUUCUUGCCUCUGCGGCCGAGGUGAUUGCCUCUCCCGUCGCUGAGCCAGUUAUCGCGCCAUCUAGGACUCUGGAGAAGCGCGCGACUUGCACGUUCUCUGGGUCCAGCGGUGCCGCUUCUGCGAUGGCCUCUCAGAAGGCCUGCUCAACUAUCGUCCUGUCGAACGUCGCUGUUCCCGCUGGCACGACGCUGGAUCUCAGUAGUCUGGCAGAUGGUACCACAGUCAUCUUCGAGGGCGAAACCACCUGGGGCUACCAAGCGUGGUCGGGCCCCCUGCUGCAGAUAUCCGGCAACAACAUCAAGGUGCAGGGUGCGUCGGGUGCGACUCUGAACCCCGACGGCGCCCGCUGGUGGGACGGCAAGGGUGGCAGUGGCGGGGUGACGAAGCCCAAAUUCUUCGCUGCGCACGGUCUCACCUCGUCGUCCAUCACCAAUCUGCAUAUCCUGAACACCCCUUUGCAGGCGGUCAGCAUCAAUGGAUGCAACGGCCUGACCAUCACCGACAUGACGAUUGACGAUUCCGCCGGUGACUCUCAGGGAGGCCACAACACCGACGGCUUCGAUAUUGGAUCCAGCUCCAACGUUGUCAUUACAGGCGCGAAGGUCUACAACCAGGAUGACUGUGUUGCUGUCAACUCUGGCACGGGUAUCACCUUUAGCGGUGGGCUCUGCUCCGGUGGCCAUGGCUUGUCGAUCGGCAGCGUUGGUGGCCGCUCCGAUAAUACCGUCGAUACCGUGUCCUUUACGAACUCCCAGGUCACGAAAUCUGCCAACGGUAUCCGCGUCAAGGCCACCGUAGGCGACACCGGUACAAUCAAGGGAGUCACCUAUUCAGGAAUCACCCUGAGCUCCAUCAGCAAGUACGGUGUUCUCAUCGAGCAGAACUACAACGGCGGCGAUCUCAAAGGCAGCCCGACCUCCGGCAUCCCCAUCACCAACCUGAUCGUCGAGAACAUCAGUGGUGCAGGCGCUGUUUCGUCAAGCGGGUACAAUGUCGCUAUCGUCUGUGGCAGUGGGGCCUGCUCGAAUUGGACCUGGACGAACGUCGAUGUGACUGGCGGCAAGACCUACGGUAACUGCAGCAAUGUUCCCAGCGUUGCCCAUUGCUAG